AUGGCCGAGUGGUCUAAGGCGCCAGACUCAAGUUCUGGUCUUCGAGAGAGGGCGUGGGUUCAAAUCCCACUUCUGACAAACUUUAUUAUUUUUUUCCACUAUGUUUUUGUAUUGUGA